AUGCAGAACGAUCUUUCACAGUCUGCCCAGCUCCAGAAACUGAACCAACUACAACAAUUGUCCUUCUCUCCUCAAAUAAACCAAAGAGCUGGUUUAAACCCUUUAUUAUUACAACAACAACAACAACAACAACAGGCCCAAGUACAAGCUCAAUUACAAGCCCAACAAUUACAAGCUCAGCAGCAACAACAACAACAGCAACAACAUCAGCCACCACAAGUACCAGGAUCAGUUCCAUUACCAAUAACAACUGUUAAAGAAGUUUGGAAUGAUAAUUUCCAUCAAGAAUUUAAUAUAAUACGUCAAUUAAUUACUCAAUAUAAUUAUGUUUCAUUCAGUACAGAAUUCCCAGGUAUAUUGGCCAGACCAAUUGGUGUUUUCACUUCAACAAAUGAUUAUCAUUAUCAAACUUUAAGAACAAAUACUGAUUUAUUGAAUUUAAUUCAAUUUGGGAUUUCAUUAAGUGAUUCAAAUGGUAAAAAACCUGAUAAUAUUUAUAGUACUUGGCAAUUUAAUUUUAAAUUUGACUUGAAUUCAGAAAUGAUCUCAAAUGAAGCUUUUGAAUCUUUAGUUAAAACUGGAAUUGAUUUUAAUAGACAUCAAAUGUUGGGUAUUGAUCAAUUUGAAUUUGCAGAAUUAUUAACAAGUUCUGGAUUAAUAUUAUUACCAAAUGUUUAUUGGACAAGUUUCCAUUCAGGUUAUGAUUUUGGGUUUUUAAUUUCUUUAUUAACAAAUAAUCAAAUGCCUUCAAAAGAAGAAGAUUUUUUACAUAAAAUUGGUUUAUUUUUCCCCAAUUUAUAUGAUUUGAAAAUAUUAUCAAAAGGUUUAACAAAUAAAGAAACAAAUCCAAAAUUAAGCUUGGAAAAUCUUGCAGAUGAAUUAAAUAUUCCAAGAUUAAAUAUUUUUGUAUCUACUGGAGGUCAAGCACUUUUAACAAAUUUAACAUUCAUUGAAAUGAAAAACAAGCUUCAUGAUAUAAACAAAUUCAAUGGAUUGAUCCAUGGACUAGUUACUGAACAGCAACAGCAACAAAAUCCUCUUUUAAAUGAAUUAUGA